AUGGCGUCAGUGGCCAUGCAUGCCCGCCGGCUUUGGACGUAUAUCCAGACGCUGCCGGCAGGUACGCAGGUUAUGAUGGUUUCUGUGGUCAUUAGUACUAUUUGUCUUGAUUUCGCGUGGAGUGUGGCGCAUGUACCGCGCACGGAAGAACUCUGGCACCUGUUAUGGGUGCCACGCCACAGCUGGAAGAGGCCGUGGACGGUCUUGACCUCUUUGCCAUGCACGAUAUCCGUGAUGGAGAUGGCGCUGCAUUUGUGCAUCCUACCCAUUCUUGCUCCAGCAUUGGAGCAACAAUGGGGCAUGCUUGAACUGAUCCGCUUCUCCAGCGUUGUGGGUGUCGUAUCACGUAUCGUGUUGUUCGUACUGGCCUACGUUCUAGCCGGCAUUCAAGAAGUCCUGACGCAUAAGCAAUAUGUAUUGAAUGUAUGCUAUAAUGGGUUAUAUGCCGUAUUUAUCGGCUUUCUCGUCGCAUACACUCAACUUUGGCCCGAUCACGUCUUGGCAUGGCCCGAAUCGUAUCGUUACCGCGAUGCCCUCAUGCUCGUGGUAGGCGUAUCCAACAUCCCAAUUCUGUUUGGCCUAUACGCGCCUUUUCUGGAAAUGCAGGUAGCAUGGAUUGUUGCCUGGAUUUAUCUGCGCUUUUACCAGCCACACGGCACGGGUUUGUGGGGCGAUGCGAGCUCUUCCUUCGCCUUCGCCAAGUUUUUCCCCACUGUGAUCCAACCAUUUCUUGCACCUAUAAGCCGGCGCGUGUACCAUGCUGCAUCGACUCUACGUGUGCUCCCGGUGGCCAUGGACGAUGACAUGGACCUGGAACUUCAUGUAUCAGGACUUGCGCCCACGAAUCCUCGAGCCGAGGCCGAGCGCCAUCGUACCAUGGCCCUCUCGGCCCUUGAUCCUGCAGCACCCGAACUAGCAGCAGGGGCAACGCCGCCUGCACCCGCACCUUCACCUCUACCACAUGAUACCCAUGUCUAA